AUGGGAAACAUACUUAGACUUUGUCCAUCAAAUGACAACGCCCUAUAUGCAUGGUCGACAAAAACUGACACAGUUUUUCUAACCGAAAGUUCUCCGACCAUCUACCCGAUCAAGGUGGUAUCUGGUCGAAUCCGUGAACAGAUUACUGGUGCUAAACUGAGAAGUAAUCCGUAUAACCUGAUCAACGUUACAUUAGAAAACCCAUUACAAGCAACGCCGCUACCUAAUUUAAUAGAUACUCAAGUCAGCAAUUCCAUGACAAUGUCUAGCUCAGAUAUAGAAAUCUUACCAUCUCAAGGCCUGGUGUCUACCCUUCCCAAUUUUUUCUUUCCAAUGUACGAUCCAUAUCCAAUAAAGUAGAUGAUUUUGAUGUAGUCGUCCAAAGAAAUGGCAUAGAUUUUGAGGGAAUUACAGAGACAUGGUUGAAUACUAGCAUCCCGGAUAGCUGUAUAAAUAUCCAUGAUUUUAACCUGGUUAGAAAAGACCGCUCUGGUCAACGCGGGGGUGGAGUUUGUGCAUUCGUAAAAUCAAAUAUCCCAUUCGUGCCUCUUCCUGACUUAUGUUGUCCAGAUCACGAGAGUCUGUGGCUAAAACUUCGACCCUAUCGACUUCCACGGGAAUAUUCCUGCAUAGUUGUUGCUCUUGUAUACCAUCCACCACAGGCCGAUAAUAACGAACUGUAUGACCACCUCAUAACCUCGUUGGACAAAAUUUUAGCAUCUUACCCAACAUCAGGUGUAAUUGUUAUGGAUGACUUUAACCAGUUCGACUCCAACACGUCACUUAAACAAAUUGUAAAGAAACCUACCCGUGGGAAUGCAACUUUAGAUUUAAUAUUUACUAAUAUGAAACGUUGUUACAAUGACCCUGAAAUACUCCCUGCUAUUGGACAAUCGGAUCACAUGUCAGUCCUGUUACACCCCGUUAGUAACAAUCACCGCCCUAAUACCAUUACCAAAGUCUGGGUCAGAAAGCGGAAGCAAUCAAAUAUGCAGGCAUUUGGUCGAUUUCUUUUGGAUCUUAACUGGAGUGUACUUUCGCAGCUACCCGAUUGUCAAAAAAUGUGUGACCUGUUUUAUGACAUUAUUCUCAUGGGUUUGGAUACAAUUUUCCCCAAAAAAUCUGUUAAACUUCACUGUAGAGACAAAGCGUGGAUUACCCCUGAAAUCAAACUCCUCAUCUCCCAACGACAAAAGGCCUUUGCCUUGGGAAAUACAAUUGAAUACAACAAAUUGCGAAAUAAAGUAAUUCACGUCGUGAAACAGGCAAAGUCUAAAUACUUCGAGUCUCAAGUGAAUCAUCUAAAAAAUUCAAAGCCAAGGAAAUGGUGGAGUGCUAUUAAAAACCUAGCUGGCUUUUCUUUAAAGCCUGCCUUCCAUUCUGCAGAGGUGAAUGGAACUAUCUUGCAGGGACGAGACUUAGCACUCGCUGUUAAUAACGGGUUUUUAGCCGCCACUAAAUCGUUACUGCCGCUUUCAAUUACUGAUAAAUUAUCUGUGGAAGAACCCCCUUUUUUUACCCUAUCUCCGUUGUUGAUGUCGAAUCGCGUUCAAAAGCAGUUAAAUCGAAUAAAGCUCCUGGUCCAGACUCUCUACCAAAUUGGAUUCUCACUAACUUUUCAAUGGAGAUUUCAGAACCUGUGA